AUGGAAUCAAUAAAUACUUUUUCUUUAAUCGAAUAUUAUUUAAAAAACAACACAGUUUCAGCGAGUUCUGCCAUUUAUAUUGCCAGGAUUAUAAAUUAUACAUAUUUUAGUUAUUGCAGCUAA